CUACAACCCUUUGUGCAGGUGAAACGCUCUCCAAGCUCAGACCGUAUUCAAAAAGUUGACCGUGCAAGUCACUUCUUCACACGCUUGCUUGCUGUGCAGACAUGGCGGGAGAGAGGCGGAAGUUCCGAAACUCUGCGUCAUAAGUUAGCGUUCUCUACACGGAGAUCUGUGCUGUGUGGGCUGUUGUUGUGGAAGCUGUGCGAGGUCAAGAAAGUUGUUUGAGAAAGAGGAAGCCUUUUUCUCGGAAUCGAGAGGGUAGUGCCGGAGUGGUGCUUCUGUAGGUAAAUUUGUUCUGAAAGCAGCGAAGUAGGUUUCAGUUUUGCUUGUUUUUUUUAAAAAGAAUUUCCAGGGUUAUUGUAGAUAGUUGUGGACGAGCGUCUGCGGUGAUGUCUUACAACAGGCCUUACAGUCCCGCUGGGCCGACGGUUCCUUCUUACAGCGGUAGCGGCCUCGAUUCCUACGGUAGGCAACAAUCACUGUCGAAUCCAUAUGGAGCCACAUCGCCACCGAACAGCUAUGGCGGUGGUUACGAGUACAAUCAAACGCAACAAAGUUAUGGUGUCACAGGGACCGGAAUCCCCUACUCUUCCACUAGCAGUUAUGGUGGUUAUAGUGCACCAUCUGCUCCAAGCACUUAUCCUCCACAAGAUUACGGUCCGCCUCGGCCACAACCCUCUUCAUUGUUCCCACCUAACACCGAUCAAGCUAUCGUUCAAAUUUUUCAACAAGCAGACGUUGACAGGAGCGGGACAAUUGACGCGAACGAGUUAGGAAGAUUGUUAUCAGAAGGCCGAGUAAGGUUCUCUCCUCGCACCUUGCGCCUUAUGCUGCACCUCUUCGCCGAUAACCCGGCGGAUCCCUCAAGAAUUGGACCACAAGGGUUUGUCAACCUUUGGCGGGAGCUCGGCAUCUGGCAUGAGAAAUUUAUGCAGUAUGACCGAGAUAGGAGUGGGACCAUUGAUGUUAGGGAGCUGCAAGAAGUUCUUUUCAGCUUCAAUUUCGCCAUACCUCCCUCGGUCCUUGACAUGUUAGUAAAGAAGUAUGAUCAUACAGGGUACAACAGAAGCAUUGGCUACGGCCAAUUCAUUGAGUGCGGUUUCAUCGUGAAAGGCUUGACUGAGAAGUUCAAGGACCAGGACCGUGCUCGAAAUGGUACUGCCACUUUCGAUUACACCAGUUUCAUGCUGAUGGUCAUUCCUUUCAUCGCUGCUUGAUCCAAAACUCUUCCCUUUAUUUUUUUUUGUAGUAGUGCAUUGAUGCUAGUGAUGGAGAAGCAGGAACCUUAACUGGAUGUACCUAAGAGUCUAAUAGGUUAUGGAGGUGACCAGCACCAGCUAGGGUCUACAAUUGCUCCCACUGCGUUUCACCAGGGGAAGCACCAAUCUCCUGCAGCCUCAAAGGAACUUGGAGGGGUUGUGACCAUGCUAAAUCCGUUAGGUGAGUUUUUUUGUGAAAGGCUAGAUUGGGAAAUUCGACAUGAAUAGUUGUACAACUUCCAAUCUCACAAGCCCCGUGCUUCCGUGUAUGUGUGUUCUUCCGUCGUUUUCCUCCGUGAAUUAAUUCGAUUCUGUGUUGUUGUACUUGCCUACAACAACAAUGAAUGAGUACUUCCUUAGGCUCUUGUGGCUUGUAAUUGGCCGCUGUUCUAGUUCCCUUUUGGAUAUUGCAGAGGCCUCUAGUGAGGAAUUUCCUCGAAAUUGUCGGUGUACAUAGAAGAAUUCAAGUCCAUGCAGAAAGAAGUGGUAGUUGUUCUACCAAUAUUGCAACUUAUUAGGAAUUAGGUCUAACUCCUUAAGCUAAUGAGAAAAAUAUGGAGAGGUUAGUUUCUGAAAGGAGGAUGGAAUUGGAAUAAGGAUGUAGAUUAGUCCUCAUCAAUGAGUGUCCAUAGUAAGGACUCAAGAAGUUUACCAUCAAAAAUAGGUACCCUUUAUCCUUAAUAUUUGGACUUUUUAAUCAAUUAAAUCAAGCUAAGAUCUUGAACAAUGGAUAGAAAUUGGUUUUUA